AUGGACCACUCCCACUCCCGAUCCCGCUCCGACUCGAAACCCCCUCCGUACUCGUCGGCCCCGAUAUCGACCUCGACUUCUACAUCCGCCCAGAUCCAGUCCCACAGCCGCAGUCACAGCCACAACCAGAGCCAGAGGACGCCAGCACCACAGCAGCGUCCCCUCGACACGGCCGCCGCAGCACCCUCGCGUCCGGCCUCACGCCGCCGCCGCCCCUCCUCGCCCGGCGUCGUUUCGGCUGCCUUUCUCGAGCCCCGCAUCGCCGUCGUCCUCAAGAUCCCCAAGGCCUGGAGGCCCUGGCUCUUCUUCAGCCGUCUUCUCUCCAUAUGUCCCGCCAUCCUCUGGGGUCUCAGGCCCGCGCUGCAGCUGCUCCUGCGUCUUCUACUCGCCCUGCCAUGGAAGACCCUGCUUGAGGCCCUCGGCGCCGAUGUCGCCGCCGCCGGCUUCACCGCAGACGGGCCUCCCGAGACCAUGUGCCCGGCCGGCCCCGCGAGCCUGAGAGGUGUGCUUGGCACCUCCAAGGUCCCCAGCACCACGUCAACGUAUCCCUGGACCGAGAUGUCUUUGGGUGUCAUUUGGCGCAAGAUCAACAUUCGCAAGGAGACGUCGACCUCGAUCAACAUCUUCUCCAUCGCCAGCUUCGUCAGCAUGGUCGCCUUGCUGGCUCACCUCCACACGAGCCGGCUCGAUUACCCCGAUGCGCCGCUGCUCCACAUUGUGCGCGCGUGCCGCCAGUACUGGGCGCAGAUGAUGGGCGAGAACGACGGCGACUUGGACGCCAAGUGCGAGCUCUAG